CUUCAAUCCUGUCACGUAGCAAUUGGGCCAGACCUCAUAUGCCAGAAUACUACAAGUCGUAGAAUGUAGGCGUCUACGUUUUACGCCACAAAUCAAAAUUCAUCAUCUCACACAAUCCAACUUCAUCACCUUUCUCGCAUCACGCAAUCAACUCCAUUACUUUCCUCACACUACCAACCGCAGUCGGCCAGCAGGUAGCCGGCGCGUCAUGCAUGCAAUACCUGCGAUGGAUGGCGCCGAGAAAAGCGAGUCGGUAGGGGGUAAUUCGUAUUGUUCCUACCCAGCCCAGCUGCCGUCGGUCAGUACGUUUCACUAACGCAUUUACGUAGCAGGUAUCGAGGAUGAUAUCAUCGACAUCGACGAUGGGGCUGAUGACGAUCGUAACAAUAACGAGCAAUAUCUCCCGUUUCGCAGCGUCCGGGAUUUCUUCGCCCGGGUCGAUGCUUGUACCGAGGAAACCUUUCUCGUCUUCUCCCCUGUCUCGGCAGCUAAAUAUGAAGCUGUCUUAAAAUCCCGGCAGCGGCGAGGCCGAAAGUUCAGAAUGGACUUCUGGGAUGGGACAGAGCUUUGGGUCACAGCACGUUUAUCCGGUGCACACGAAACACUCCAUAAGUAUCUCGACGAUGAGGUUUUGAUUCAAGUCUACAAUAUUGGGUUAAGGGACGAUUGGAAGCCUGUGGGAUCAACAACAUUCUCUGCCAGUACUGGUAGCUCUGGUGGCGAAGGGGAUUCAAGCCGCAAACCCACAUCCCAACGAGGAUCCCCGACAGAGCGGCCGACUCUUAUCAUCGAAGGAGGCUACUCUCAAUCCAUGGGAAAGCUGCGGCACAAGGCACGAUGGUGGUUAGGGAACCAUAAUUUCGAAGUUGAGAUCGUCUUGAUCGCCAAAUUUCUUCGUGCCAGCAAGACUAUCCUGGUGGAGAAAUGGGUUAGUAUCCCGGCUCAGGCUCAGACUUCUCCCCCGAACGUCACAACCCGAGCCCGGCAGCAACGAUCGAACAUGCAGGGCCUGGUCCCUAGGGUUCAGGGCAGAACAUGGAGCGGCUUGGCCGCUCACGUGCGAUUCCUCCUCGUGGGGAAAAACCCUGCGCGAUGAAUUAACUAAUUAAUGACGCCCUGUCAUGUCCUGAUUGUAUUUAAUGGAAGUAUUGAAGAGGAACAGCGUGGGCACGCUGUAGGGGAACCGGAUGGGACAAGGGACAGCCCGGCUGCCGACAACUGGCCCAGUGCCGAUCGAGCGAGAUUACAGCUGUAAACUGUUGAUCGGCCAGCUGUAAAGGCAGCUGGGAGUAAUAGGAAUGAGAUGAGGGCUCUAGAAGGGCAUGUAAGAAACGAGUGAAUUCCUGUCUGUAGGUGAUAUCUACAGGAUGAAGUGUGUACGAUGAAAAUACGAGUGCGAGACCCAUAUAAAUACUCAUCAAAAUGCCUACGUGGCAUAGUCCCACCGCACUACUACAGUAUCGCUACACCGUAGUUAAUGGAAGGCCCUGUAGUAGUCUUGCCGAGACGUUGCUAACACUCC